CAAUUUGGAAUUAUGCCCAGUAAUACCACUACUAGGUCAGAAAUCCAAAGAGACUUAAAAAAAUGGGAAAGGACAUGGUUGUACAAAAAUAGUUAAAGCUGCCCUUUUUGUGGUGGCAAAGAAAUGGAAACUAAAGGGACAGCCCUCAAUUUGGGAAUGGCUGAACAAAUUGUGGCAUAAGAUGGUGACAGAAUACUAUUGUGCUCUGACAUUAACAGGAUGAUCUCAGAAAGAGUUGUAAAGACCUACAUUAAUUGAUGCACUGAAAUGAACAGAACCAGGAAAACAUUAUAAACAGUAACAGCAAUAGUGUGGAAUGAUCAAAUUUGAUAGACUUAGCUGCUCUCAGUGAUACAAUGAUUCAGACAGCAUUUUAGAUAGGUAGCCACAAACACAGAAAAGAUGUAGGAUGACAGGGGAUGGAAGAAAUAAGUCAGGGGGUUUUGAGGAUAAGCCUGAAAUAUGUUUCUUUGCAGGCAGUAGGGAAGGAGUCAGCAGACAGAGACUGAGAAUAAGUCAGAGUGUGGGGACAGAUUCCAGUUCCAUUGCCAUGUGGACCAUUUCAACUAUUUCAGGUCCUGAGCUCUGUGGCUCUCAGGCUCAUGAUAAAGUAGAGAACAAGGAAUACAAGAUGAAAGCAUGUGAUAGAUCUAUUGUGAAUUGACUGUAUGUUCAUCAAAUGAGAGAACAAAUGGAGCACUUUCAAAAUCAGAAGAAGCAAAGCAAUAAAGAAGUACUGAAUUUUCUGGUGAUAAACUAAGAAGAAGGAGCAAAUAUGAACACAUGUGAUACUUGAAGAAGAGAAAAUUAUUCUUGUGCAAGGAGCUUGAUAUAUUUUAAUCUUCUCUGAAAAAAAUGAUGCAAAGAAGAGUCCAACAAUUAGAUUUAUUUUCUUGUCAAAUAGACAAAGGUGAAAAUGAAUUAGGGCUUUGUACUCGUAUCUUCUUUGAUCCAGCAGAUGAGGAUGAAAAGGAUCCAGGUGUUUUUAUUACUGAAAUUGCUGAAGGGGGUGCAGCCCACAAACUUGGAUGUAUCCAUUUAUUUGACCAGAUUAUUAAAAUAGGUGAAACCAAUCUAAUUGGAUUAGAUGAAGAAGAAAUCUUCUCUACUUUUAAAAAAAUGGAAAAUUGUGUUUUCCGGAUUGAAAUUGGACGAGAGCCACCUGAAGUCAAGACAGAACUCAUCAUACUCCUUGAAUUGUCAGAGGAAAGGAAGAAAUUUUUUACAGAUUCAGUCAUAGUUCAGGAAAAAGUUGGAGAUAUCAAAAUUGUGAAAGGAAAAGCAAGAAAUUCUAAAACUCCGAAAAUAUCAUGGCUCUGGAUCACCUGGUAUAUCAAUAAGUUUCUACUGGGAAAGUAAAGUAGUGGAUUUUUUAGACAAAAUGUAAAAUUCCAGGUAUGAACAAAUCAUGAAAGUAUUAAAGAUGCAUUCAAUAGCU